CCCCACUAAUCCAAUUCAAUUGUGUAGCCUCCACGGCUGCUGCGAUUCUCGCUUCGCAACAAACAGCCCAGUUGUAGGGGAAAAAAAAGGCGUGUCAAUUCACAGAGUCACUGAGAAGCCAUUCCGUCCGGUCCCACCGUUACGGUUGUUGGUUUCAGUCUCACACUCUGUGCGCGAGUCUAGAUUCUCGUUUCCCCCUCGCAAAAUUGUUCCUCUGGAUCUGGCAUUCCAUUAUUUACAGUUUUCCCGAGGUUUGCAGAGUUGGGUCAAGGUGAUUAUGCCUGUUUGGAGCGUCAAAUUCGAUUCACAUGUCGAGGUUUAGUGCUGUAGAAGGUGGUUUUGUGGUCGAGUGUGCCGUGCUUUGUGUUGGUAUGGCACGGGUGUUCAGUGGCCAAGGAGUUUAAAAUUCUACACUGCAGUCUGUCACGUGUAGUGACAUGGACUAGCGAGGACGCUCGUGAGCGGUGGAGUUGGCAGAAGCGGCGAAUAGUCAACACGAGUGUGGGUGACUAGCACGAGAGGGUGCUUGGAGCUCCCUGCUAAUUCAGCGCCUGACGAUGUGAAAGUUCAGGUGGUCAAGAACUCUUCUGUGAGUUCUGAGUGGGUCACUGACAGAUAUGCCCAAGGAAUGGAUUACAAUCGAAAUAAGCAGUUCUGUUUUGGAGCCAUCAUGUUGUUUUUAUCAUUUCUGACGUAUGCAGCAUCUUUUGAAAUAGAUCACAAGUCUACUCUUUGUGAAUAUAAUAGGACGCGAGCCCUUAUCCUUGUGGAGUACGCAUCUGCGGUCUAUAUAGUAGACGAGACAUCAAUUCUAUCAUGGACAUGUUCUCGUUGCAAUGGUUUGACGAAGGGUUUCAAGAUGCAUUCACUUAUUGUCGAUGUUCAGCAUUGCCUUCAGGCUUUUGUUGGAAUAGCCGAAGAUUUGAAGGCGAUCGUAAUUGCUUUUCGUGGAACUCAGGAAUCUAGCAUGCAGAAUUGGGCAGAGGACUUAUAUUUUAGAGAGCUGGAUCUAAAUUAUCCAGGAGGCACCGAUGCACUGGUACACAGAGGAUUCUAUGCAGCCUAUCAUAAUACAACAUUACGAGAGCGAGUUGUAGAUGCAGCACAUGCCAUUCAACAAUCCAGAAGUGACCUUGGUAUUAUGGUCACGGGGCAUUCGAUGGGAGGGGCAAUGGCUACUUUCUGUGCACUUGAUCUUUCGGCGAAUUUUGGGUUAAAGAAUAUUGAGGUCUUCACAUUUGGGCAGCCUCGAGUAGGAAAUUAUGGCUUUUCGGUGUAUUAUAAUAAGUAUGUUCCUUUGACAAUUCGUGUAACGCAUGCUAAUGACAUAGUGCCUCAUCUGCCUCCUUAUUAUCCACUGAUCGGAGAAAAGACUUACCACCACUUUGCUACAGAGGUCUGGAUCUUCAGAGUCACACUAGGACGUCUGCAGUUAGAGUUUGAACGAGUUUGUAACGGUUCUGGCGAGGAUCCAUCCUGCAGUAGAUCUGUCGCUGGCAAUAGCAUAGCAGACCACCUAAAUUAUUAUGGUGUUUAUUUGAGAACUGAAGAUGAGUUAUCGGCUUUACGAAGUAGCAGCUCCACUAACUUCAGUACACCUUACUCCGGUCAAACGUUGGGUUUUUGUAAAACUAGCAAAAUCAGUGCUCAAUGAUGAUGUUAUUGAAGUACCGAUUUUCAUGCGAGACUACGGGCAGGAAGGAUCGACUUAGUUAUGCACGAGAUGGCUCUCUGGCAGCUUCUGUUUUCUGAAUUGCUCGCCAUAAACUGCCAGCAGAGACGCCUUGUACGAAGACAACUACGGCUCAAUUCCAAAGCACCGUUGUCAUCGAGGUAAUGUGUAAAACAUGUAUCCAGGCCCUGAGUUGGUUUGCAACUCUCAAAAGGAAGAACAUGGCUACCCUCACAGGCCAUUGCAGGAAGCAGACCUCGGGAGCUCUACUACGUACAGGAGGUGAAGUUGCUUAUUGUUGCAAUGAUCUUUCUGUGGGGCUGAAGCGUUGGGGAAAAAUCUCAUUUGCUGUGCAUAAUUCUUUUAUUGUGUCGAUUUGAUGGGAACUGUUGGUAAAAGAGCUAUAUUCCAAGGAAUAUGAAAUGUAUCCAGGCCCGUGCAUUCAGAUUCCAGUGCAAGGAGGCCUCAUAGUUAGUGUUGGUAGUAGUUACACAUUCUUGGUUUCCUUGUCAGAAAAAGAGCGGUUCCAUCCGCAAUUGUACUCUAGUUUGACGAAAGAAUUGAGAUACAUUUUUCCACUCAAA